AUGGGUAGUUUGGCACAAAACACGUCGAUAACCACGCUGAGUAUUACAGUCAACAGCUACAGUUACAUGAGUGGAGACUGGAUGUGCGGAUUGGGAAGUGGUUUGGCACAAAACACGUCGAUAACCACGCUGAGUAUUACAGUCAACAACUACAGUAACAUGAGUGGAGACUGGAUGGGCGAACUGGGAAGUGGUUUGGCACACAACACGUCGAUAACCACGCUGAGUAUUACAGUCAACAGCUACAGUUACAUGAGUGGAGACUGGAUGGGCGAACUGGGAAGUGGUUUGGCACAAAACACGUCGAUAACCACGCUGAGUAUUACAGUCAACAGCUACAGUUACAUGAGUGGAGACUGGAUGGGCGAACUGGGAAGUGGUUUGGCACAAAACACGUCGAUAACCACGCUGAGUAUUACAGUCAACAGCUACAGUUACAUGAGUGGAGACUGGAUGGGCGAACUGGGAAGUAGUUUGGCACACAGCACGUCGAUAACCACGCUGAGUAUUACAUUCAACAACUACAGUAACAUGAGUGGAGACUGGAUGGGCGAACUGGGAAGUGGUUUGGCACAAAACACGUCGAUAACCACGCUGAGUAUUACAGUCAACAACCACAGUGACAUGCAUGGAGACUGGAUGCGUAAUCUGAGGAGUGUUGUGGCACAGAUCACGUCACUUGCCAUAUUAAACCUUACACUAAACAACCACACUAAUUCAUACGAAGACUGGAUAAACAAAUUGUGUCAAGCUUCGUCAAGGAUCACAUCGUCGAUCAAAACUUUUCUUGAAGUUAACUUGUUUAGUGAGAGCAAUGAAAAACCCUAAAUGAGCGUGGCUUAGCGAAAAGCACAUCUUUUGAACAUUCUCAACACCGACUGAGUAUCCUAACAUGAGGUUGUGGUUGCACUUGUACAUUCAGCGAUUAUAAUUACAGAAGACUGGAAACCUGACCUGGAACAACGCGUCAGUGUCUACAUUCAACAGCUACGUUGACGGGGGUGGAGACUGUGUCUGAUUCUAAAUUUCUCGUGGAGGAAAAAGCGCUGCAAGCCUUGUGACAGGAGGCGAGCCACUGGUUGGAUGUAGUUUAAGAACUUGGCUAAGAAGUCAACGGGAGGGACUUGUUUCAAUUGAACUGGACCAAACUGCAGUGCAGCAGAGGAGGACUUGUGUGUUACAUCCUGGCAAGUAAGGACUUGGAAUCUUCUGCGGUUAGUGACCGCAAUGACGUAAGCGCAGUCCUUGACAGGAUUUGAUGUUAGAAGACGCUUGACAGAGGCCUUCACAUCCCAACUGCCCAGCUGUCAGCGUGAUGAAGGAUUAAAUGGUGUUGAAGUAUCAGAGAGCGUCUUAAACAGGAACAAGCCUAGUGAAGGAUUCUUUCGUACCAACUGAUUGGAAGGAACAGUGUUUCAGACACAUGAGCAAAUCUUCCUCGUGAUAGCAUUGUGAUUGCCGCAUUUAAAGUUGAAUCAUGGAUGAAGAAAAUACUCGACUACUGUUUAAAAUUUUCUAUUAUUUAACCAGGUAUUAAGUAAAGUGGAAAUUUUCUGUGGAAAUAUCAUGUCAGUCUUUCAUAAGGUGACGCGCAGUCAGUCUACCUGAUUGCGAUUGACAUUGGAAGUGACCUCAUCGUGAGUCAAGC